CUGUCAAGAGGGACCCUGGGGCAGGGGUCAGGUCUGAGCUGCUUGCUGUUUGUCUGGGUGGAGCCUGUCCCAACACUGUUUACCCACCCUUGCUGGGCCCCAAAGCCCCUCGGUGAGCAGCAGCUGCGAGUCUGCCCUGAGUCCUGAGGGUGCCGUGCUGCCUGCUGUGGACCCCGCAGCCGUGCCUCUGUUUCUGGAGGAAACCAGAGUCAGCCAAGACCUCUGACCCACUGCUGGAGCCAUGGUUCAUGGAUACAAAGGAGUCACAUUCCAAAACUGGGCAAAGACCUAUGGCUGCUGCCCAGAGAUGUACUAUCAGCCCACGUCCGUGGAGGAGAUCAGAGAGGUGCUGGCCCUGGCCAGGCAGCAGAACAAGCGGGUGAAAGUGGUGGGUGGUGGCCACUCGCCCUCGGACAUUGCCUGCACCGAUGGCUUCAUGAUCCACAUGGGCAAGAUGAACCGGGUCCUCCAGGUGGACACAGAGAAGAAGCAGGUGACCGUGGAGGCUGGCAUCCUCCUGGCUGACCUGAACCCACAGCUGGACAAACAUGGCCUGGCCUUGUCUAACUUGGGAGCCGUGUCAGAUGUGACUGCAGCUGGCGUCAUUGGGUCCGGAACACACAACACGGGGCUCAAGCACGGCAUCCUGUCCACCCAGGUUCUUGACAACCUGGACAGCCACCUGAAGAAAUCCGAAUACUUCCGCUUCCUCUGGUUCCCACACAGCGAGAACGUCAGUGUCAUCUACCAGGACCACACCAACAAGCCUCCCUCUUCUUCUGCCAACUGGUUCUGGGACUAUGCCGUUGGAUUCUACUUACUGGAGUUCCUGCUCUGGAUCAGCACUUUCCUGCCGGGCCUCGUGGGCUGGAUCAAUUGCUUCUUCUUCUGGCUCCUGUUCGCCAGGAAGAAAGAGAGCAGCAACCUCAGCUACAAGAUCUUCACCUAUGAGUGUCGUUUCAAGCAGCAUGUCCAGGACUGGGCCAUCCCCAGGCACAUGGACACAGGGGUGCCUGUUUGCAGCCCCACUGAGAUGCCAGCUCCAGGGAAUGAGGCCUGUUGUAUCUGGUUGCUUCCACAGGCCCACAACUGCACCCGGAAGGAUUUUGAGAAAAUGUAUCCUGCCUUUCCAAAGUUCUGUGCCAUCCGAGAAAAGCUGGACCCCACUGGGAUGUUUCUGAAUGCAUACCUGGAGAAGGUGUUCUACUGAAGCAAAGAGAAAACAAGUCGAGCCCACCCCAUCCACCCCCAGAGCAACCCAUGAUGAGGCUAAAGGCUCAGUGUUCCACUUGCCUGAUGGAAAACAGACCUUUCCCCCUAUGCCCUCUGCUAUAGAGCCCAAAGCUGCUCUGACCCGCAGCAAUCGGCCUAGUUCUGGGCAGGACUCCUACCUCCUUUAUCCUCACAGCAACCCUAUGCAAGGAAAAGCACCCGAAUCCCCAUUUACAUCUCUAGGUGGCACCCCCUUUUCCUGAGCCUACAAUUACCACAUCCUGUUUUCCCAGGAGAUAGAGAUGUCCCAAAAUGUUAUGUUUGUCUAGGAGCUCAAGGAUUCAGUCGUUCACUGGCUCCACCUGCCAGCUGGAUGUCUGUAGCUCCAGGGGUCCCCUCUCCCACCCUCUUAGGAAAGGGCCCCAUUGGCAUACGUUUGGGCACAGAAGUCUUGCAUACUGUGCUCUGCUUCCUUUCACUCUUGGGGGGGGGCUUUCAAAUGUUCAGGUGAGUGCCCCUCUGCCCUAGGACUGCCCUCACCCUGUCCAUCUGACCUCCCAUAACCUGACCUUCAGCGUGUCUAUUUCAGGGGAUGUUUGGGAAGUGGGACUCUCCUUGCCUUCUUUUUAAUACGUGUAAAAAAUUGA